AUUACAUUGUGCGGAACCUUGUCAAUGUCGAACGGCAUUCGCGUCCUGUACAGUGUAAGAACCUUGAAGGACCUUGGCGCCCAACACGAUCACUCUAAGGGCUAAAGAGCACUUACGCGUUCCGGACUCGAGCCUUAACCAGCUUGACCUCGUACUCUAUCAUCACCACCACUUUCGCUUUUUCUUGCCAACUGCAUCUCAUACUAGAAACAACAACAGAAAGGACGCAAACAUCAUGUCUGGCGAUGAGAACCAAUCUACAGGUCGUACCUUAGGGGGAUCGCCUGUGAACGAUCCAUUGCCUUCUGACUGGUCGAGACCCGCCAACGCUGGUCCUCGGAUUGGCAGAGUUGGCAAUUGGGGAGGAUCGUCCUCAUCUUCUAGAUCUGCAAGCGGUGGACGAUUCGCUACGCUUCGAGAUAUUGGCAGUAGCAGCUCCGGUGGUCCAUCGAUUGGCGGACCUGGUGGUGUUGGACUACCUCCUUCCGGGAUGUUCGGUCCUCCUUCAGCGGCGGGUGGACAUGCAGGACAUGCUCAUGGAAGUGACGGUGAUGAUGACGAUGAGGAGGAUAAUGAUAGGGAAGGUGAGAAUUGGUUUGCUGGUGGGGAGCGCAGUGGUCUUUCUGUGCAGAAUCCUAAUGCACCUGGGAAUCAACCUGGUGGUCACCUUGUCAGGGAUCUCCUACGCCAGGCAGCAGAAUCUGGUAUCGCUGGUGUUUCAAAUCGACCUCCCCAUAGUAGCGCGUUCUCAGGUGGCGGUCAUAGAUUGGGUAGUGAUGAGGUAGAAAGCACGUUCGUCCCCGAUCCUAAUGCAGCUGAGCAAGAAAUGGAGACCGCUAUUCGACAUCUCACAUUGUGGAGAGAUGGGUUCUCCAUUGAGGAUGGCGAGCUCUAUCGGUACGGUGACCCACGCAAUGAACAAAUUCUGGCUGAGAUUAACGGAGGACGCGCACCACCGGCCGUCGUCGGCGUAGAAGUCGGUCAACCGGUCGAGCUGCGGGUCGUUCGCCGCCUUCAAGAAGAGUACAUUCCUCAUACUUCGACGAAUCGUGCGUUCACUGGCGCUGGUCAUCGUCUGGGUUCACCCGUUCCCGGCGUCGGAACUGCUACCACUACAGCUGGAGUGACUACGGGUAUGCCUGGUUCUUUCCCCGCAGGACCUCACUCGGGCGAUGCAAGUACGACUGCGGAGAGGGCUGUUCAGAGGGAGAGCUUCGGUACUCGUUUCGAGGUUGAUCAGACGAAGCCUACAACAAGCGUGCAGGUUCGGUUGGCGGAUGGUACAAGGUGAUGGUGUGCCACAUGAACCUCGAUCAUACCGUGGGCGACAUACGAAACUUCAUCAACGCGUCUCGUCCGGAGAAUAUUACGCGUCCGUAUACGAUUGGCACUACGUUCCCUAACCGAGUCCUCGAGGACGACAAGCAGACGAUCAAAGACGCCGGUCUUGAGAAGGGUGUGAUCGUUCAGCGCUGGGUGUAAAUGUACUUCAGAAUAUACUCGGAAUGUAGCAUACGUAGAGUUAGCCAGAAAUGUAUACUAGUCUCAGGUGAAAUGAUUGCAUGGUGGACCACGAAACUCUUGCAUCUGAUGAUGCUAGUUGUGUGAUUAUGAUUGUGGUGAGCUGGCAAGUUCGAACCUUGCAGGGCGAAGGAAAAGAUGAAUUGAUGGGUCUAGUCAAUAAGUAAAUGGUAUCUUGAAUGAAUCUACAUGAAUACU